UUAGCCCCAUAACUAUUAAUUUAUACUAUUCUGGGACGUUAAAUUCAUAUAAUUUUCACAUUAGCCCCGUAGCUCUUACAAUUCUCUAAAUAACGCCAAAAACUUAUCGCAGAUUUACACAUUAGCCCCACUAGAGAAGCCAUAGCACCGAGAUCAGAUUGAGCUAAAAGAAGAGCUUGUUACCUCGCGCGCUGAAGAAGACCGUUAUAAAACGUCAUGGCAUCUCUCCUCCGUCUAUCGGAAGCGUGAAAUCUCUCUCUUCUCCGUCCUGCAUCAAUUGAUGAUAGCUGAACAGUCUCUCUCUCGAUUAAUGAAUCCGUGAUGAGAAGAGGGAAUCAGCGAGCGGAAACACUAAAGAAGAAGAAGAAGACCGAUGAGAUCUUCACGAAUCCUGAUCCUUCGACCUCUCGAGAUAUGAAACGAAAGAGGAAUGUGACAUUCGUCGAUGUUGAUCAUCAAAGCGGACCAUUUGAUGCCAAGACCUCGGAGUUUGCCUUCUUCAACAAGUUAAAGUCUAGUUUUGGUCGCUCCUCCCAAGCUUCUUCUCCUGGCUCUAAUUGUUCAAUCAAAGUGAAACAAAAUCCAAAAUAUUUUGAAUCCAGAGUAGAUGCAGUAACGGACCGCCAAGCUAAAGAUAUACCCAAUACUAGCUUCUCCACUCCCAUUCAUAAUCCCUCACUUCUCAACUUUACUCGAAAGAAUGAUAAAGAUACUGGGAAGAAAUGUUCUUCAGGGUUCAAUAGAGAUAAGGACAACGUUCUAGAGGAUAACAACAACCUGAGAUGUGGAGGAAGCAUUGAUGACAAGGAAGAAGACUUUUUCUCUGUGAAGAGGAAGAGAUUGAACCAGUGGGUCAAACAUACUUGGUUUCCUGAAAUCCCUAACGUCACCUCAAACGGGGGCGGUUUAGUUUCUCUUCUCCUAACUCGGCUCUUCCCUGGAACCGAUGAGAGACAUCCUUCUAGGUUUCCCAAGGAGAGGACAGAUAGAGUUCUUGAUUCUCCUGGUUCAAAGUUUCUCAAGAGGUCCCAUGAAAGCUAUACAGAAGCUGACCAAAUGGAGAAGAACAGAUCGAUACCUUGGUGUGGAUGGCUGGAAAAUAGCAGCGCACAGAGUCUGCAGUUUGCAACGAAUCAGCAUGUUCACAGCAGUUUCAUCCGGAGAGAUCCCCAAGACUUUAGCUUUUCCAUCUCAUAUCCUAAGAUAUCGUCGGUUUAUAGACCUCCACGGUUGACACAGAAGGCGUCCCUGUCUUUUCCUGUUGAAGAGACUCUGGACUCUAGCCUCCAAUUCGGAAACUACAAGCCUCUUUCACUGGGUUAUCAUGGAGAUCAAAUUGGAUACAGCUCAGAGGCCUUACCCUAUGAUCACAGGGAGCCUUCUUCUGCAUUACUUCUAGAGUGGAACACUGAGAACGCAAGCACCAGAAAGACUGAUUAUUUGCAACCAAGUAAUCAUCACACAGAACUCAUCACGUGUCCAAAUGCAUCAUCAUCAUCUUUGGCUGAUGAUCCAUGGAGGUCUGACCAUUCUUCAUCCCAUGAUGUUGUUACAAGGGAGCUGUACCCUUUGCCUCUGUCCUCUCAUUACACUUCAGGCAGUUUCCUCCUGCCAGCAACAAACCAAACCAGCCAUUUUGAGCAUGAAUUCGAGAGGCAUAUGAUUGAUGAAGAUGAUGUAGUUGCAGCAAACCGAAAUCUCCAAACAUUUCAUCACGGGACGAGCUCGCCAGAUUGUUUAACCAGAGACUUCAAAUAUUAUCAUAGUCCUCCCAACUCUCCAUUGGAUCAUUCCCCUUUUAAAGUCACUUUACGUGAAAUUGUAUCCUUUCCGUUUUCAAGCAUUAGCAAUUCAGAUUUGUUGGAAACGUCAAGUCCAACACGAAGUGAUCGGUGGUGGAUAUGAGCUUUACUGAAGAACUACUUGAAACGAGUUUGGUUGCCACCAGGUCAAUAUAGCUCUUCUUACUCGCACUGUUCUGAUAAUUUGGUGUCAUGCGUUGUUUCUUGCAUUCUUUUAGAUAAGACAUUAAAGGUCAGACGACAUAAGAAUCGAUGAUUUUAGAUCUUGUCCUAACCGCACUACUAAUGAAUUUAAUUGAAGGAAAUGUCGAUAUAUAACUCGAUCAGACAUAAGGUACUGAUAUAUGGUUGAGAUGGAUGGUAAGAUGAUUGCUUCUUUCUCACUCAUCCUUCUUUCUCAUUCAAUUUGAGGGUCAUUCAUUUAGCAUCAAUCUCCCCAAUAAAUUUUGUAAUUGUGAAUGUUUUAUGUA